GCGAGCCAUAUUGGCCUGAGCCUUUCGUCAUACCUUGUCAGCUUGACGAUCAUGUAGAGCUGAUCUCUCAGCCCAUGUUGCCAUUUGUGACCCGAAGCUAUCGCCUACGCAUGGGCUUCUUGACCGCCACUUGCUCACCGCCAAAGGCCCCCGGCGUUCGGUCAUUGCCCUCAGCAUUCCUCCAGAAUUACGACGCGCUUACCUUCGCGUGGGAUCUCACCAACUCUCGCGAGGCAGGCCUCGUUCUCACUGAAUCGGAGGCCUGGCCUAUGCCGUCCGGCGUCACUUGGCGACGUACUUCAGAGCUUCGUCAGGAUCUCGAACAGGUCACCAUCGAAGUCAUCAUUCCCAUCGAGAUUGAUCGCACCACCCUCGCCUCUAAUCCAGCUGCUGACGCGAUAAUCAAAACUUGCUGUCGAGCAUAUGUCAUCAUCAAUGCAGCCCUACGGUAUUUCGAAGAAGGUGAGAUCUUAGACAGGGAAGUCACGAUAACCUGCAAGCCAAGCUACUCGGAGACGAUGUGCCCGCAAUCGUGGCCGGAAGAAACAACUACAGUUUGCUACUAUAUCAGCUCGUCCAUUGUCAUCUCGACGAUCCAAGGCCACGUGCAAGCUUGAUUUCCAGUGGAACGAGCAAGAGCCUGCUCACUGGGCCACAGUAAUGCAUUGUCAAGCCCUCACUGUCCUGCGCAUGUACGGGCGAUGUCGAGUGCAUUUCCAUUCAAGGUGCACGCACCAUUCACUGCAGACGUUUUGACAGUCAAAAUCGCGCACAUUUUGUGGGAGUACGGUAGCUCGAUGGACAAAGCGGAUAUUGACGAUCGUGUCCCGGCGUCGCAGUCGCAGCUGGGCCACCGUCAGCUCUCAUCAGGAAAUGACGACUCUUUGCUUGCUUGCAGUAGCUUACUAUGUUGCCCGCCAAAUUGGGUUUCCGUGUUUGCUGCAUCAAGGUAGACAGAUCUAGGAUAGGGGAAGCUUAAGUAACUUGCCCGAGAUCAGGCAGAAUCCUCACUGAGCGUGACAUGAACCUAACAGCAUCGCGAGUAGGGCCAAUGCUAGGUUCCAGUGGCUUAAAGCGACAAAGACCCAAC